GCCUCUCUUCAACGAACAUUGGAGUGGCUGCAAUGGUGCGACCAAGCCGCUAUGUGUGAAAGAUGGUUGGCUGACAAAGAAAAUGUGCUCAAGCAAGGCGAUAUUGGUGAUACUCCCGAUGCUGUACAGCUGCUAAUUAAAUCGCAUGACGCCUUUGAAGAGACUGUGAAGAAGCAGAGUGAGAAGUUAGAGAGUCUGAAAGCUGAUGCUAAUAAGCUAAUGGCUAGUGAUAAUGAAUAUCGUGGAGAUGUGGCGGCAAGAUGCGAGGAAGUACUCCAGCGCCAUGCUGGUAUGCUGGAGUCGUCUUCAAAGAGGCGCAUGCUUCUUUGCGACAGCAAAAAAUACCAUGAAUUUAUCCGUACCUGUGGCGAACUCAUUACUUGGAUCAAUGCCAAAUUGCAGCUUGCAUAUGAUGAGUCCUACCUUGAUCCUACGAAUCUUCGAUCGAAACUGCAAAAACAUUUGGCUUUCGACUCAGAACUGACUGAGAAUGAAAAAAGACUUGUGGCAGUCGAAGCGCAGGGUGAACAACUGAUCAAAGAAAAGCAUUUCAUGAAAGAACAGGUCCGUGCACAACUUGGCGAAUUGCGAAGCGGUUGGGAUGAAUUGCGCACAAAGUCAGCUCUGAAGACGCAACGACUCCGCGAAGCAUAUGAAGCACAUACUCUUCAGCGCAAAGUCGAGGAUAUGGAAAGAUGGCUGGAUCGU